UUGCAUCUAAGACUUACAUCUAAGACUUACAUCUAAGACUUACAAGCUCCACGAUCUACAAAGCUUGGUUCGGAUCGAACUAGAGCAACUCGGCCAAAAAGUUGCCAUACCGGAUCUCCUUGAUGUUGCCGAAGAGAUUUACCCAGGUGCCCACAUGGGAGACAUCUGGUUCCAAUCCUUCAUACAUUCGUGCUUAUCACGAAUGUCGGAUGAUCUCAAGUUGUAUGAGAAUCUAAUAAUUCUGAGGGAAUUAGAAUGGAAGAAUACGAUUGGUUCAAUGGUUUUGAGGUCCUGCAUGUUGAGGCUACAGAGAUCCAAUGUGGCAGCCAGUGGCUCAAGCGUUCCGAGGGACCUAGCCAGAGAGCAGCAACGCCCCUUCAGGGCAGACAAAGCCGAGCCGACUACCAACAAACCUGAGCCACCAGAUUCCGAUGUUUCAAAUACGGCCAAUUAUACACCUUCGACCGCAUCGUUCGAAGCCUCGGAUCCUUUUGAGACGUGAAUGGAUCGAGAUUCACCCGCCUCUUGCGGAACCUGGGUGGGCACUGAUAGCAGGUCUCGAUUGCAAUUCGAGUUAGUGUAGAUGAAUGAUAACAGUGUUAUACAAUCCCGUACGAUAGUAGAGC